CUUUGCUUCAAACAAAUUGUAUAACAGUUUGAGAGAACAUCUCAAUGAAAGAAGUGAUAAGAAAAAUGUUGAUCUGAUUUAAGAUAAUAACUGAACAUAAGUUAUGCAAAAGAUGUGAUUUUGGGAUUGCUAUAAUGGCGGUGACGGGCCGUAAGCAUCUGACCCGAUGCGGCAAAUGUUGCUAUUAUUGCCGCCAAGUGUCCACAUUUCUGUUCUCGCACAUCGGUCUCUGCACUCUCCUCAUAGGCUACGCACUGAUGGGUGCCUUCACUUUCCAGGCACUGGAGCUCAAACACGAGGAGAAGCAGAGGCUGGAGAUGUUGAUGAUUCGCGAGCAUAUGAUUCAACAGCUCUGGAAUAUCACCCAAGAGAGUCGUGUCCUCAGCCAACACGAGUGGACGGUCGCCGCCAAAGACACGUUACAGCACUUUGAGAAGACACUACUCGAGGCCGUCCUCCGCAAGGGUUACGACGGAAGUGAUGACGUGAACCGAAAGUCCUCUCAGUGGUCAUUCUCGGGCUCUUUGCUCUACUCUAUUAUUGUCAUUACAACCAUUGGUUACGGGAAUAUUGCCCCGAGAACUGACUGGGGAAAAGUGGUGACAAUACUGUACGCCAUUAUUGGCAUUCCUCUGAUGUUGUUUUGCUUGUCAUCGAUCGGUCACGCGAUGGCCCACUCAUUCAAAUUCAUAUACUGGAAGUGCUUAUGCUAUCUAUGCGUUGCCCCCAAACGCCAUCGACGGCCGCAACAGAAACGCAAGUCAUUCCGUCGCCGACGAUUGCAGGCCUCACAACAAAUGGAGUUGCAGUCCAUGUCUUCACCGCACGGCCGACGACGCGGACACUCCUCUUACGGCGGAUUUAAUAACCACUGGCGACCCAAUCGUUUCAAUGACUCGACGCCUAUUAUAUGCAAUAAGUAUGCGCUUAACGACGAGAUCAUGGAGUCUACCUCCAGAUUCCCAGGUCCGCCGCCGACCCCUUCGCCGACCGCCACUCCUCCCAGUUUCCAGACAUUAAUGAACGCAUCACUCACUCAACAACCGGCGCCCAAACACACCAUGAAUUCGGUGCGAUUCUUCGGCGACGGCCCUCAGAGUGUACUCAACGACCAAACAGUUAUGGCAUAUCAGCCGCCAAUGCGGGGACCGCUGGAGACGAGCGGCGAUUCCAGCGAUGAAAGUGAGGAGUCGGACGACGAGCGCGAGUCCACCCGAAAGAGUAUACCAAUCACUGUAUGCCUAACACUAGUGAUCAGCUAUAUCUGUGGCGGCGCCUGGUUUUUCUCCAACUCCGAGGACUGGACUUUUCUGGACGCUUCCUAUUUCUGUUUCGUCACUCUCUCGACCAUAGGGUUCGGCGAUCUCGUGCCCGGAAGGACUGUACUCUCACACCCGGCCGACGGACAGAUGACGCUCGCUAUAUGUGCCCUGUAUUUGCUGUUCGGAAUGGCAUUACUGGCCAUGUCUUUGAAUUUAGUGAAGGAGAAAGUGACCAAAUCUGUCAGAUUUAUUGGUCAUCGCAUUGGGAUUCUGGUCAGCGAUGACGACGAUUACGACUUUUGA